AUGGCUAGUCUACGAUGGCUUGCUUACUUUCUCUGCUUCCUUUUGUUUCACUUGCAUUUCCGAGCUGCUUCUUCUUUACCUUUUUCUUUCAAUUCCUCCUCUCCAGCCAUGCCGUGUCAACAUGACCAGAGUCUUGCCUUGCUCCAAUUCAAGAAAACCUUUUCCAUUAGAAGUAAUGCCUCUUCCUGGGAUUUCCCUUACCCCAGGCCUUAUCCCAAAACUGAGUCUUGGAAAAAGGGCACAGAUUGCUGCUUGUGGGAUGGGGUCACUUGCGACAUAGAAACGGGUAACGUAAUUGGCCUUAACCUUUCUUCUAGUUUCCUCUAUGGUACCAUCCAUUCUAAUAAUACUCUUUUCUUCCUUCCUCAUCUCCAAAAGCUUGACCUCUCUAACAAUGAUUUCAACAACUCUCAAAUUGUACCUCAGUUCGGCCAAUUUUUGAAUUUAACAUAUCUUAGCCUAAAUUACUCUGUUUUUGAGGGCCAAAUUCCACUUGAAAUUUCUUAUCUUGCUGGUUUGGUAUCUCUUGAUCUUUCAAGGAAUUAUGAUUUGAUACUCAAAGCCACUGUUUUUAACGAGAUUGUUCAAAACCUAACCCAGUUACAGGAAUUGGACCUAUGUGAUCUAAACCUGUCGUCGGUUGCAACUAGUUCCUUGAUGAAUUUGUCUUCUUCUGUAUCAUCACUUGCACUCUCCUCUUGUGAAUUGCAAGGGAAAUUCCCAGACAACAUAAUUCGACGACCAAAACUCCAAUUGCUCGAUUUAUCGGGCAAUGAAGAUCUCACUGGUUCCCUACCUAGGCAUAAUUGGAAUAACUCCUUCCGUUCCUUGUCUCUUUCUGGGACAAAAAUUCCAAUAUAUUUAGACCAGUUUGGUAACUUGACUCAACUCAUUAACUUGGACAUCUCUCAUAAUAAUCUCAGCGGUCAAAUUCCAUCCUCACUUGGAAGCCUUAAACAACUCCUUUUAUUGGACCUCUCUUACAACAAUUUUAGUGGUGAGAUUCCCUCCUCAUUUGUAAGCCUUAAACAGCUUGAAACUUUGGACCUCCGCACCAACAAUCUCAGUGGUCAAAUUCCAUCCUCACUUGGAAGCCUUGAGGAACUCUAUUCAUUGGACCUCUCCUAUAACAAUUUUCAUGGUGAGAUUCCCUCCUCAUUUGGAAACCUUAAAUACCUUAAACAGCUUGAAACUUUGGACCUCCGCAUCAACAAUCUCAGUGGUCAAAUUCCAUCCUCACUUGGAAGCCUUGAGGAACUCUAUUCAUUGGACCUCUCCUAUAAAAAUUUUCAUGGUGAGAUUCCCUCCUCAUUUGGAAACCUUAAACAGCUUGAAACUUUGGACCUUUACAACAACAAUCUCAGUGGUCAAAUUCCAUCCUCACUUGGAAGCCUUGAGGAACUCUAUUCAUUGGACCUCUCUUAUAACAAUUUUAAUGGUGAGAUUCCCUCCUCAUUUGGAAACCUUGGGGAACUCUAUUCAUUGGACCUCUCUUAUAACAAUUUUAGUGGUGAGAUUCCCUCCUCAUUUGGAAACCUUAAACAGCUUGGUACUUUGAACCUUUACAACAACAAUCUCAGUGGUAAAAUCCCAUCCUCACUUGGAAGCCUUAAAGAACUCUCUUCAUUGGACCUCUCCUGUAACAAUUUUAAUGGUGAGAUUCCCUCCUCCUUUGAAAACCUUAAACAGCUUGAUAUUUUGUGGCUCAACAACAACAAUCUCAGUGGUCCCAUCACUUUCCAAGGAAGCAGGCUUUCAAGUUUAGUAUACCUCGAUUUAUCCAACAACUUGUUACAUGGCCGAAUUCCAAGUUCAAUUUUCAAACUUGUGAACUUGAGUGUUCUUAUUCUUUCAUCCAACAAAUUGAUAGGAGAAGUCUCUUCUGCAUUUUGCGAGUUAAAUUCUCUUCAAAUUCUUGACCUGUCAAACAAUAGUUUGAACGGCUCCAUGCCACAAUGUUUGGGAAAUUUCAGCAACAAUCUUUCAGUAUUGCACUUGGGCAUGAACAAAUUCCAUGGAACCAUCCUUGAAACGUUUUCAGUAGGCAGCAACUUGAGAUAUUUGAACUUCAAUGGUAACCAAUUGCAAGGGAAAAUUCCACCUUCCAUCUGCAAUUGUAUAAAUUUGGAAAUUUUAGAUCUUGGAAACAAUAAUAUAGAUGACACAUUCCCCCAUUUUCUGGCAACACUUUCGAAGCUACAAAUUCGAAUUCUAAAAUCCAAUAAAUUUCAUGGUUUGGUGAAAGGGACCUCUACCAAUUAUUCAUUCUCAAAGCUACGAAUUUUUUACCUCUCCAACAACUUGUUUAGCGGACCUCUACCUGCGGAGUAUUUCAACAAUUUAAAGGCAAUGAUGAUCUUUGAUUUGAAUAUGAAAUACAUGGGGGCGCCAAAUCAUCCUUCUUAUGAUUAUUCUGUGAGUCUGACACUCAAAGGCUUAGAGAUUGAGUUGGUGAAAAUCCACACACUUCUUACAUCCAUUGAUUUGUCGGGCAAUAAAUUCACAGGGGAGAUCCCACAGUCAAUUGGAAAACUUAAAUCACUUAAGUUGCUCAACUUGUCUCACAAUCAACUCACAGGCAAUAUUCAACCAUCAUUGGGGAAUUUGAGCAAUUUGGAAUCAUUAGACCUCUCUUCAAAUCUUCUUGUUGGAAGGAUUCCAAUGCAAUUGACAUAUUUGACAUUUUUGGAAGUGUUCCGGGUUUCACAUAAUCAACUUGAAGGACCUAUACCCGAAGGAAAGCAGUUCAACACAUUUGAUAACACUUCAUAUGAAGGGAAUUUGGGAUUGUGUGGAUUUCCGCUAGAAAAAUGUGACAAUGGGGAGAGGCAACAACCAACAUCAUCAAAAGAAAUUGAUUCCAAGUCUAAAAAUGGAUUUGGAUGGAAAGCUGUAUUGGCAGGGUAUGGAUGUGGAGUAAUAUUUGGUGUUGUAAUGGGAUAUGUUGUGUUUAAAACAAGAAAACCUAUAUGGUUUGUGAGGAUGGUUGAAGGUGAAGGGCGUCGAAGGCUAAAAAGAUUAAGCAAUUAA